UGCCACGCGCCAGGCACAGCAUGGGAAGGCGCUUCUGUUGCCGGCGGCCCUUGCCUGUGGUGGCAAGUCUGGGUGCUACGCUCCUGCUCCUGUGCGCAGCGCCUCGUGCCCUGCGUCCCGCAUUUGAAAACAAAACUCUGGGCUCCAGCUGGUUUGGAGGAGUGAGGAAGAGUCCCUUACAGCUAUUGCAUGACCUGGACCAGGGUUCGCCCUCCGCGAUGGCUGAGGUGCACAAGCAGCGGCGCGAGCUGCUCCGCCGGGCUUGCAGCCGUUACACUCGACGCCAACGCCUGCUGCAGCCGGAGGACCUGCGACACGUGCUGGUGGACGACGCACACCGGCUGCUGUACUGCUACGUGCCGAAGGUGGCUUGCACCAACUGGAAGCGCGUGCUGCUGGCUCUGAGCGGCCGUGGGGACCCGGGCGCGAUCCCUGCGCACGAGGCGCAUGCGCCUGGCCUGCUGCCCUCGCUGGCCGACUUUGCACCGGCUGAGGUCAACAGGCGGCUGCGCGACUACCUGACCUUCCUCUUCGUGCGCGAGCCCUUCGAGCGCCUGGCCUCAGCCUAUCGCAACAAGCUGGCCGGGCCACACAGCGCGGCUUUCCAGCGGCGCUAUGGCACGCGCAUCGUGCGUCGCCUACGACCGCACGCGCAGCCCGACGCGCUGGCCCGCGGCCAUGACGUGCGCUUUGCGGAGUUCCUGGCCUACCUGCUCGAUCCGCGCACGCGCCGCCACGAGCCCUUCAACGAGCACUGGGAGCGCGCGCAUGCGCUAUGCCAUCCGUGCCUAGUGCGCUAUGACGUAGUGGGCAAGUUCGAGACGCUGGCAGAUGAUGCCGCCUUCGUGCUGGACCUGGUGGGUGAGCCUGGCCUCCGCUUCCCUGCUCCGCCGCGGAGGCCAGAGAAGGACCUGACCCGUGAUCAGGCCCGGCGCCUUUUCCAGGACAUUAGCCCCUUCUACCAGCGUCGCCUCUUUGACCUCUAUAAGAUGGACUUUCUGCUCUUCAACUACUCCGCCCCCUCCUACCUGCGGCUGCAAUAAGGGUGUUGGGUGCAAUAGGGCCUGUGAGUGCUGUGACCAAGAGGCCACCAGGAGGUCUGGAAAGAACCUGGUAGUGUGGAUUGGAGACUCAUUGUCAUGCCUUAUCCAGUGGGCCUGACCAAGAUCCUGGCCACAUUGGCCAGACUCAUUCCGACUGGGUAGGGCAUAGCUUGCUUCUGGCCAUUUCUGCCUUUAGUUUGAUGGGUGUGUUUCUUCCUCCUCCUGCAGAUGUCAAGUUUCUUCCUAGGACCCCAGGUUUGUGGUUUUGUUUUUGUAUUUUUUUUGUUGUUGUUUUGGUUGUGAGAGCCAUUUCUCAGUCUAGUCUGUGCAGAACCUGUCCAUGGCAUGGUGCUACAAGACAGAAUGCCAUGGUUUGGUUCAGUGUGGCCUGUGGUCCAGCCCUGUGCCAUCUUCUCUUCUCUCAGCCUGGCAAGGGCAGACAUGGCCAGAGAGAAGCUGUGCCUUGGGCAGCUUCGGGGUGAGAGGAAUGGCCAUCCUCGUCAGCAGUUACUGUUUAGGAGUUAACAUGAGCUGCCUGCCACCCCGGCAGUCACAGGAUGGUGAGCAGUACCACUCCACAUCUACCUGGCUGAUCUACCUAUGAUCUCAGUCUUGAAAGAUGCUGAUCUUUCCCUGUGUCUGCAGAAGCCAGGAUGCAAUACGGUGGAAGCUUUUUCAGCUCGCUGUUUUUUUUUUUUUAAAAAUAAAUAUGUUUUGUUACAUUUUCA